AUGACCGGGCCUAUGGACUUUUUGCGCUCGUGGACGGACAGCGGGCCGCUCGAGACGGCGAAGAAGGUGCUCGAGUCCGCGCUCUUUCGCAGUCCCGAGCCGCAACCUGUCUCGGCAUGGAGGAUGCUCAUCGACCCACCCAUGCCGUACUGGGUCACCCUCUUCUCGCAGGCAUGCCGUCUCAUCUCGCUUCUCAUCCUGCUGCCCAUCAUCCUCAUCGGCGUGAUCGACUUUGCGGGCUACGCCGUCUUUCGAACUCUUGGAUUGCAUCGACGAAGGGUGCGCAUCCAACGACAGUCGAAGGCAGGCGUUGCGGUGCCCGUGGGCCGUUCGAGCUCUCGGCGCAAGCCGCGCGUGUAUCAGAACGACCGCCACCGGCCGACGGACCGCAGCAACAUCCCGAGCAUUGUCAAGGCGCCGCUGCUUUCACCUGGCACGUAUGAUGCCGAGACGCUGCUGCGCCAGCGCGCACGCAGCCUGAGCAUCGCAUCAGCCGAAGAGGAGGCGGCGUGGGUCGCCAGUGGAGGCCAGCAAGCUCGGCUGAGCACGCUCUCCAAGGACCAGGAGCCGUCGCUGGCGUCACCCACUUCGCCCGACAGCGAGGGUGGCUCGCUCGGUGACGACGAACCGCGCGACUACUUUGGUAGGGCGCCUCGCGUUGGCGUCGACGGAGCGCUGGGUCUCGCGGACACGGAUGUGGAGAGCGGCACCGAGAGCGGAAGCAACAGCCCCGUGCAGCGCUUCUCCCACCUCAAAGGGUCCAGUGGCAAUUCGAGGCGCAGAGGGCUUUCGGGCGGACUCAACUUUACUCCAGUCUCCGAGCGCACCGGCUCUUCGACCAGAUCUGGAGUGCUUGGCGAAGAUGCCGACGACUCUGCGGCCGCCAUGCAGCACACCGACUCCAACAGUGCCAGUGUGGUGAGUCUGGGAUCGAGCGACUCGCCAGACUCGUCGAGCAACGGCGACCGAGUGCGCGCGCGCAAGGGCGACGAUGCUGCCAGUGCCAACUUGAGCUCGUCGUGGAUCGGCGUGGAUCCACACGAUGCCGCCGCGCCGCCGACCGUAGACGCCGCUACGGCGGCAGCAGCCGCUGGCCUGGAAGCGCCAUCCCACGUCUGGUCCACCGAAUCGUCUUGA